AUGUCCAUCUGGGUGAUAGUGGGUCGUUCGUACCAAGUCCAGUGGGGUAGGACCAAAUCGACGGCAGAUGAAGCCGUGAUUAUCGCGGAAGGUAUAGAAGCCGAAAUGAAAGAAAAACUGUCAGAAUGCCUUCAACAGUUUGAAAACAACAACAAAAGAAAAGAACCUUCGACAAAUGACAUUUCUAAACCUCAAAAGAGACAAAAGACUGCCGCCGGCAAGCCUGUGGCACAAGUUCUGAGUCGGAGACCUCAUACUAACGUUAUCUCGGUAACCCAGGAACCAGCGCAAGAAGCCUCCUCAGCGGCAACGGAGUCAGUUCAACUUGCAGCGAUUUCUGUGCCACCUGGUACAGGUUCUCGCGUAUCCGAAACGCCGGAACCAUUGUUAGAGGCGACGUCAUCUUCAACUGGAGGCACGUUCGUUCCACCUUCAGUGGGACCGACCUCAGAGCAUGUUGUUCCUCCACCACUCCCUGUUGGAGCAACAUAUGUGCCGCCUCCCGUUGACAAGACUGUUGUGGGAGAGGUUCAUAGGCCGUGGAUGUCUGGAGGCACGUUCAUUCAUUCAAUGGGACCGACUUCAGAGCAGGUUGUUCCUCCACCACUCCCUGUUGGAGCGACAUAUGUGCCGCCUCCCGUUGAAGAGACUGUUGUGGGAGAGGUUCUAGGGCCGUGGAUGAGUCUGUUAGCAGAGCCACUAUCUGUCACUCCCACGGGAGCAGCAGUAUCGUUGGAUCUGUCAACGACACCAACUCCAACCCGGACAUCAUUCCUGGCAACGCGGCCGACCCAAACCGGAUCAAUGAUGUCGAUCCUGAAUCAGAUGAUUGAAAUGCAAAAGACCGAUUUGCGAGAUCAGGAAAAGCUCCGGCGGCAGGUCGAGUUCUUGACCAGAGGUUACGCGACGCUGCUGCAGGAAAUGGCCUCAAUGAAAGACCUGAUGUCGUCCAUUGUCAUGGGCUUGUACAAUUAUUCAGUUACUUCAACAACACAGCCUACAGUAGCGCAGCCAACGAUAGUGCAGCCCACGGUGGCACAGCCCAUCGCUGCACAGGCCACAAAUGCGCAGCCCACAUAUGUGCAGCCCACAUAUGUGCACCCCACAUAUGCACAACCCACAGCUUCGCAGCCCACAUAUCCUCCUCGUCCUGAAAGUGAGGCUAUUGCCGGUCAUGCCUUACUUUCAGACGAGGAGGUAAGGAUGAUUCGACAAGCUUCCCAUGGCCCGGGUAAUUUCGCUGCUCGCCUGACAAAACGGCUGUAUCCUGAACUGUUCACUGCCGCCAACGUGAGGCUCCACUACAACUACCAUGGUGGCGGCAGGGACAAAAAACAGGCACUGAGCCCUCGGAGGAAGGUCGCCAUAAGAACGUAUGUAAUUCGUCACUUCCCAAGCAUGAGCGACGAACAGAAUUGGGGACACGAAGGCAUCGUCAAAAUGAAUGAACUACUACGUCGCCCAGCAAGGGAACCUGCUGCAAUGACGAAUGAGAUAGACAUGUGA